UGAGGUCCAGGGUCAGCAAGCCAGGCCAUCCCAGGAGGGGCCCGGAGGCCAAGUAGUUUAGACUUCAACAAACUUCCCAUUCCCAAGAGAAGCAGACUGAGGCCGGUCCAGCAAACCCUAACCCCUUCCUAUAAUUAUUGUUCUGGAGCUGCAGCUGGCCACCGGAGGGGACUCUCAGGUGUCUGCCCAACUGGUUUCAGCCGGCCACCUGACACCCAGGUCAAAUAGCAGCAUCCCCCUCGGCCCUGUUGCAAAAACCUGUUACAUGCCUUCCCCGGCUUCAUACCCAGUACAGUCUGACGCGGGGCUUGAACUCACGAUCCUGAGGCCAAUACCUGAGCUGAGAUCGAGAGUCAGAUGCUCACCCGACUGAGCCACCCAGGUGCCCCAAGAUCAUUCUCUUUGGCGAGGGGCCAUCCUGUGUGCACAUUGUAAGGUGUUUAUCAGCAUUCCUGGCCUCUACCCACUAGAGACCAGCGGUACCCCAGCAUCCAGCUGUGAUGGCCAAAGUGUCUUCAGACAUUGUCAGAUUGUCUGUUGAGGGACAGGAUUGCCUUGGGUGACAACUGUUACCCUAAAACAUUACAGCAGUCUUCUGAGAUAUUACCUGGGUGUCCAGUAUGCACAAUGCCUUUUGGCCCUGUGGAGGCAGUGGAGAGCCAACGGCCAGCUGUGAUUCCUCCCAUCUGUCUGCCCACUUGCCCAGAUCAGUCACCCACCCACCCACUGACCCAGACACGGGUAUCUCUUCCAAAUCCGGGGCGGGACUGACCCUGUCUGGAUCUAUCUGGAGCAGAUAAACUGGCCAAGGACAACAUCUUAGUGGGAUGGUCGAGUUGGCUGACGGUGGGUGGGUGGGCGUGAGAGGAGCAGGACCAGAGUCUGGUGCGGCUUGUUGAGGCUGGAGGUCUUCCUGGAGGAAGAGGCUGCAGCUGCCAGUACAGCCCCAGGAGGGUGGGUUGAAUCCAGGGGGAGCAGAACGGCUGGCUCCCCAGGGCCGAUGGAGCCUGAGGAUUCCUGGGGCCGCGUGGGGCGUCAGGGUUGCUGGCUUAGGGACCCCUGUCCAAGCGUGGGAGCAGGUCCUGACGUGUGGGCUUUGAGGGUGCUGGUGCAAGAGGAGGGUGUUAAGGAGCGGGCCUGAGGGGGGAUCUGGGCACUAAGUGGAGCCAGGCAUGGGCAGAGGGGCAGGGAGUGUGGUGGUUUGGGGAUGCUGGGUGUUCAAGUCUUUGUGUCUCCAAUGUCUCUUUCGCUGUCUCUGUCUGCGUCUUUUUCUCCAUCUCUCCACCUGUCGGUCUCUCCAUCCCCGGCUCUGCGUCUUUCCCUUUCCGUCGCUCUCCACGCAUCCACGACUCUGUCUCUGGUUGUCUCCGUCUCUGGGGGCCUAGCCUCGGUCCCCGCCCAGAGGCCGGCGAGGCCGGGGGCGGGCCGGGGGCGGGCCUCGCGGCGCGGCCGGGCGGGGUUAAAGGGCCCGGCCGCCGGACGGCGCGGUCAGAACCGAGGUUGCGGUGCGGGCGGAUCUGGAUCCCGGAUCGAGAGGCCGAGGCCGAGACCCGCGAGGAUGCUGCCCGUCACGGAGCACCUGCUGUACCUCCUGGGACUGGAGAAGACCGCCUUCCGCUUGUAUGCGGUGUCUGCACUCGUCCUGUCCCUGCUCUUCUUCCUCUGCCGCCUGCUGAUACAGCUCCUGAGGUUCUCCUGGUGUUGCUACAUCACCUGCCGCCGGCUGAGCUGCUUCCCCCAGCCACCCCGGCGCAACUGGCUGCUGGGCCACCUGGGCAUGUAUCUUCCAAAUGAGACAGGCCUCCAAGAUGAGAAGAAGGUUCUGGACAACAUGCAUCAUGUGAUCCUGGUGUGGAUUGGCCCCAUUUUGCCGCUGUUGGUUCUGGUGCAUCCUGACUACAUCAAGCCCGUAGUGGGUGCCUCAGCUGCCAUUGCCCCCAAGGAUGACCUUUUCUACGGUUUCCUGAAACCUUGGCUGGGAGAUGGGCUGCUGCUUAGCAAAGGUGAGAAGUGGAGCCGGCACCGUCGCCUGCUGACCCCCGCCUUUCACUUCGACAUCCUGAAGCCCUACAUGAAGAUCUUCAACCAGUGCACUGACAUCAUGCAUGCUAAAUGGCGGCGCCUGGCGGAGGGCCCAGUGAUCUCCCUUGACAUGUUUGAGCACAUCAGCCUCAUGACCCUGGACAGUCUUCAGAAAUGUGUCUUCAGCCACAACAGCAACUGCCAGGAGAAGAUGAGCGAUUACAUCUCGGCCAUCAUCGAGCUGAGCGCACUCGUGGUCCAGCGCCAAUACCGUGUGCACCACCACAUUGACCUCAUCUACUACCUCACGGCAGACGGGCGGCGUUUCCGGCAGGCCUGUGACACCGUGCACCGCUUCACCACGGAGGUCAUCCAGGAGCGGAGGCGGGCGCUGCACCAGCAGGGGGCCGAGGCCUGGCUUAAGGGCAAACAGGGCAAGACCUUGGACUUCAUCGAUGUGCUGCUCCUGGCCAAGGAUGAAGACGGGAAGGAACUGUCAGAUGAGGACAUCCGAGCUGAGGCGGACACCUUUAUGUUUGAAGGUCAUGACACAACAUCCAGUGGCCUGUCGUGGGUGCUGUUCAACUUGGCCAAGUAUCCAGAGUACCAGGAGAAGUGCCGGGAAGAGGUCCAAGAGGUCAUGCAAGGCCGGGAGCUGGAGGAGCUGGAGUGGGACGACCUGACCCAGCUGCCUUUCACCACUAUGUGCAUCAAGGAGAGCCUACGCCAGUUCCCACCCGUGACCCUGGUCUCCCGCCGCUGCACGGAGGACAUCAAGCUUCCAGAUGGGCGCGUCAUCCCCAAAGGAAUUAUCUGCCUGGUCAGCAUCUACGGGACCCACCACAACCCCACAGUGUGGCCUGACUCCAAGGUGUACAACCCCUAUCGCUUUGACCCGGACAACCCACAGCAGCGCUCCCCACUGGCCUAUGUGCCCUUCUCUGCAGGACCCAGAAACUGCAUCGGACAGAGCUUUGCCAUGGCCGAGAUGCGCGUGGCCGUGGCGCUGACGCUGUUGCGUUUCCGCCUGAGUGUGGACCGAACGCGCAAGGUGCGGCGGAAGCCUGAGCUCAUCUUGCGCACGGAGAACGGCAUCUGGCUCAACGUGGAGCCACUGCCUCCGCGGGCCUGAUCCCCGAAGCUUCCCUGCGGAUCCCG